AUGAGGCUCCCGCGGUUCUGGCAGGCGCUUGGAGGCGGCGUGCGCUGUGCAGAGUCCAGAGCAGAGAGCGCGAGGCUCAGGAGUCGCUGCCGCCGCCGCCGCUACUGUUCCUGACAGCCGCUACCGAAGGCGCCUACGCAGCCAGGGGGCUGCAAACACGCUCCGGGGAAAGGAAGAGAACCGCUGCCGCUGCCGCCGCCGCCGCUCGCCGCUUCCUGGGGUCCCCUCGCACUUGGCUUGCCGCCGAAGUGACCCGGGCGCUGCGUAAAAGCGCACCGAGGAAGCCUGAGGAAAGCGGUGCAACAAGUCUCCGCUCCGCGCCGCUGGGUGGGGGAAACGGCUCCGGGGAGCACCUGGGAAGGUUGUCGGGCUUCGCUGGAGGGAGAAUAUUCCACGGAGGCGGCGUGUGGACCGUGUGGAUGGCAAUUUUGAGGGGCGCCCUGAGGAAGCUCGCCAUGGUCUUUCUGCCUUGAAAGCCCCGCUCGCGCUUUGGCAAGCAGGCAGGGGGGUCUUGACUUGGAAUUUAUUUUUGUCGCGAGUGGGGGGCGCGUGUUCGCGUUUCUGGGGGCGGGCAGCUCCGGGCCAAGUGUCCCUCCCCCCCAGAGGAGGAAAGGGGAUUUCGCCCUCCGCCUGUGCCAGCAGCCCAGCAUGGUGGGGAAAAGCCCGGACGCCAAAGGUCAGGGUGCCAACGGGGAGGCCAGCUGCUGGGGAGGACAGCGCUGCUGCUCCGGCAGGACGGCGCCCCCCAGCUCGCUGCUGGCUGCCCUGCUGCUCUCGGCGGCAUCCAUCGCUUCCUGCGUGUAUCUGGGGAUGAAGACCAGUGACCUUCAGGCCAGGGUCUUGGCCAUCGAGACGGCCCAAGGGGACGGAUCUGCUGCUGCUGCUGUUUCCUACCAGCUGCUGCCCAGCUACUCUUUGGAUCAGCUCAAUGCACUGAUGAAGGAGAACGUGGAGCGGCUUCUGGCUCAGAAGUCCUAUGAGCAUAUGGCAAGAAUCAGAAUAGCAAGAGAAGCUCCUCCAGAAUGCAAUUGCCCACCAGGUCCUCCUGGUAAACGAGGCAAGCGAGGAAGAAGAGGAGAGAUUGGACCUCCUGGUCAACCAGGGCGAAAUGGCUACCCGGGUCCAAUUGGUUUGGAUGGAAAGCUGGGUCAACCUGGUCCUCAAGGCCCACCUGGUCCAAAAGGCGAGAAGGGAGAUCAAGGUGAUCAGGGCCCUCGGGGUCUGCCAGGCUUCCCCACAGUUGCUGCUCUUCACAGUAAUCAGAUCCUGACCGUCAAGAUGGUGUUUCCUAAAAUCAAUCAUGGGUUUCUCUCUGCUGAUCAGCAGCUCAUUAAACGCCGCCUCAUUAAGGGUGACCAAGGACAAGCUGGACCCCCGGGGCCUCCGGGGCCUCCUGGACCAAGGGGCCCUCCUGGAGACACUGGCAAAGAUGGCCCUCGCGGAAUGCCUGGCUUACCGGGAGAGCCAGGAAAGCCAGGUGAACAAGGCUUGUUGGGGCCUCAGGGGCCUCCAGGACAAAAGGGUUCCUUUGGUGCACCUGGUAUCCCAGGGAUGGAUGGACAACAGGGUGCACCUGGUAUAAUGGGAGAAAGAGGAGUUCCUGGGCUUAAGGGUGACCCUGGCCAACGAGGAGAAAGGGGUGAUUCUGGAGAACCUGGGCCCAAAGGUGACUCGGGAGAAAAGGGUGACCCUGGAUCUUCUGCUGCAGGAAUUAAGGGAGAACCCGGAGAAUCAGGUCGACCAGGGCAAAAGGGUGAGCCUGGGCUCCCUGGACUUCCUGGACUUCCUGGGAUUAAGGGUGAACCGGGUUUCAUAGGACCACAGGGAGAACCUGGAUUACCAGGACUGCCAGGAACAAAGGGUGAAAGGGGAGAAGCAGGGCCCCCUGGGAAAGGUGAACGAGGUGAGCCUGGAGCUCCAGGGCCAAAGGGAAGGUCAGGCGAAUCUGGAGCUAGAGGCCCAAAGGGGUCGAAGGGUGAUUCUGGAGACAAAGGUGAUUUGGGGGCAAUGGGUCCAAGGGGCCCUCCUGGACAAAAAGGUGAUCAAGGGGCAACAGAGAUAAUUGAUUACAAUGGCAAUAUCCACGAAGCUUUGCAGAGGAUUACCACCCUAACUGUCACGGGUCCUCCAGGUCCACCUGGACCCCAAGGAUUGCAAGGGUCAAAGGGUGAACCCGGAUCUCCAGGAUUGCCAGGUGCUGAUGGAGAGCAGGGGCCUAAAGGCUCAAAAGGUGAUACGGGUGACCCUGGAGUACUAGGAGAAAAAGGAGGAAUUGGACUUCCAGGAUUGCCAGGAUCCAAUGGUAUGAAAGGAGAAAAAGGAGAUGUUGGCUUGCCAGGUCCUCAAGGUCCCUCUAUCAUAGGACCACCAGGACCUCCAGGCCCUCAUGGUCCACCUGGACCUAUGGGACCUCAUGGACUUCCAGGCCCAAAGGGUGAACCAGGGUUAAAUGGUCUUAAAGGAUUGAAGGGUGAACCAGGUCACAAGGGUGACAGAGGGCCCCUUGGUCUUCCAGGAGCAUCUGGCUUAGACGGAAAGCCAGGACCCCGGGGCAUGGAUGGUCCAGUUGGUCCUCAUGGCCUUGCAGGUCCAAAAGGAGACAGAGGUGAAAAGGGAACCACAGGAGAUCCUGGGCCCAGAGGUCCAUAUGGCUUGCCUGGCAAAGAUGGCGAACCUGGCCUUGAUGGUUUCCCUGGUCCUCGUGGAGAAAAGGGUGAUGUAGGAGAAAAGGGAGAAAAGGGGGAAAAGGGAAAGAAAGGCAAAAAGGGGCCUAAAGGGGAGAAAGGAGAACAGGGUGCCCCUGGAUUAGAUGCACCUUGCCCAUUGGGACCAGAUGGCUUACCAAUGCCUGGCUGUUGGCAAAAGUGAUGAAUCUAACUUUGCAAGCAUGAAGUUGUGUAUAUAACACUCCGCUCUUGUAUUUAUAGUUGAAAAUGGAACCAUUGAUUUUACAAGUCUGAAAUAUGUUUACACGUAGCUGCUUCUACUUGUUUGCAGUAGUCCAUGUGUACCUCUAUUCUUCACAUACAUCUGCAAUUCAACAAAAUAUAAACUGCAACCAACUUGCAAAAUCAAGUAUUAGUCUCUAUACAGAGUUAAUCUUUACAGAGUGAUCACUCAUAGACAUUUGAGUUGUUUCUGCAGUUUUCCAGUUUUUUCUUUGUUUGUCUUCUUUUGGGCCUGCAUGGACAACAAGUGCCAUGAACUAGUUUACAUGAAACUGUGACCAAAUAUGAGCUCAGUGCUAUGAAACGUACUGUACCCGAUUGCCAUUGGAAUACAGUGACUUGGCUUCCAUGUUCACCUUCAUCAAUCCUAUCACUGGUUCAUAGCUCACAUAUUUGCUUGUGCUGACUAAAAUCAGAAGCAUGACUCGUGUGCCAAAACAGCUUGUUGUGUGAUCAUCCCCAUGAGCUACAAUGGUUGCUUGCUGUGACUUUUAAUUCAGACACCUGAAUUGUUCUUUUUUGUCAUCUCAAGGGAGUCACACCAUGGCUUAUUGCAAAAAAAUGAUAAGAGGAGGAAAUUAAGACAAUGGUCUUGAAUUUGGAGGGAGCUGCAGUUCCUUCCAGCGGUGGAUGGCUUUCAGUCUUCUGGGUUAUGAAGCCACCUUUGUCAAAAGGGUGAAACCUCUUCAUCAGCCUCUGUUUGCUUGCACUCCUCGCAGUCACAAGCCAAUCAAAUUGGGUGGAUUUCAACACUAGUCCCUGUUGACUAUUUAACCAAGGAGGAAAGAAGCAUGAAGAUCUUGCUUUGCGAGUAGGUAGAUAAAGCUGCAGAGAGAUACCAAAAGGAUCAUUUGAUGAUAGGUCUGAGUAUCAACAUGGCCAUUUUCAAGGAUUGGUGCAGUAUUUGUUUCACAUACUGUACUGCAUUUUGAGAUUUUUGAAGGCACGUAUUCUUGACAAAAGAUACCGUGAAAUGCCUAAAGCAAUGGAACAGACAUGACUGUAGAUGGCUCGCCAUUUGAAUUUUAGAAGUUCCUGAUGAAAUAUCAAAUGCUUAUAGGAUUUUGGAAAAAUAUAUUUUAUUUUAUUUGUGUUUCAGUUCGCUAUCAUCCAGCAGAUACAUGCUUCCUGAAAUUUAAGUUCUGAAAAAUGCACUUGUGUUCAACUUCUUUCAGUGUUGUCUUUUUUUGGAUCUAUAAGGUCUUGACUGCUGCAAAGCAGGGAUUUGUUUCUUUUUAAUUCACAUGAACUCAUUUAUUCAUAUACCUUUUUUUCCUUCUGCAGUUGUCCUGUUUUGGGGUUCUGUAGCCCAAAGAGUAUGCAAUAGGGAAAGAAUAUUACAUGACAGUAACAGCAACAUUUUUAUCUCAAAUGUAUAAUGAAUUCCAUCUGAAUUUUAGACUGCAAUCCUGUGCAUUCUUCUCUGGGACUAAGACCCAUUGAAUUCAGUGGAACUUCUGAAUAUGUUCCGAUUGUGUUGCAUAUUGCUUAAAAAAACAGCUUUCAUUUCUCUAUUUUGGACACAUCUGCUUAACGUUCAAAUCUUUAGACUUGUAUUCAUAAAGUACAUUUGUAGACACCCCGAGAAACUAAUUUAUGUUGCAUUUUUUACUUUGCUUUAAAAAAAAUCAUUGCCAGUGUUGAAAUGGUGAUUAAACUUCUAUGUACAUUCAUAAAAAGUCUGACCAAAUAAGAGAUUUCAUACAUGUGUGAAAUAAUGUGAGGAAGACAUGAUCAUGUGUUUCUGGAGACAAGCAUCAGUUGCUCCAGAAAUGUCAUGUGCAUCACCUCAUAAUGAUUCCAUUUCCAAAUAAUGGCUACUUUGGACAUCACACUAAACCAUUGUUUAGCAUGAUGAUAAUAUGUUGCAGCAAGCCUUGGGCUCAUGCACCUCCUCUGGUACAUGUGCAAGGAGAACAGAUGCUUACAUUUUCAUUUUAGAUGAACUGCAUUAUAGUGUGCUACCCUAUCCUUAAAGUAUGGCUAAUCUUAAGUGCAUAUUUAAGAUUAACCACAGUUUGUUUAGGACUUUGAGCAUCAAUACAAGCUGCAGUUAAUCUGAAAUUGGAGUGCACACUUCAAAACUCCUCCUCACUACUGUGCCAGGGGACAGAGUAGAGUGCCCAAACCCAAAGCUCACCAAAGAUCAUUGUCAUCACAAUAAACUAUCAUGUCUGAACCAUACCAUUAGCUUAGUACAGUACUGCCUUCUGCCCAUGAAUCAAUAGUAUCUCCAGAACUCCUUUGUACUUUUACUUCGGAUUUCAUUUUCAUAAUGUUUCAUUUUCAUUUCAGAUUUCAUUUUCAGAAUGUCAAAACCAUUUAAUGAAAAUAAUAUCCCCCCCCCAAUUCAAAACUUCCUUUCCCACGCACCCCAAAGAGCUGGGGAAAUUUCUGUUCAACAAUAACUGCUUUAAUGCUGAAGCUUUUGUCUUAAUAGUUCUAACAAAUAUUUUGCCAAAGUUUCAGUGAUGGCCUCUGAGCAGCAAGGGAAAAGAAAGAUCAGGUGCUCAGGGACUGAGAAAAAGGAUGCUGUCUUUGCUAACUGUUUUAUCGGUUGUUGCGAUUCUGUUUUAAUUUUUAUUGUAAGCUGCCCUGUGUGUGUAGAAAGACAGGAUUUAAGCAUUUUAAAUAAAUGAGAUAAGUCGUAUUGAUCUGCAUGUGUGUGCACACAGGUGUACACACACACUAACAUUAAUGCACACAUGCAAACAAAGCAUAUCUUAAUCUUUGAACAAUUUAUCCACCAUGCAAGAAAUUUGUUAUUGCUUCCCAACACAUUUAAUGCAUAAUUUUAAAUAUGUUAUGAUGUCAAUAUUCAUAACCAAUCUCAGUAUGUAGAAAUGGAGCCUGUCAACUCCCCGUGUACAUUCCAAUGUACAUUUUUAUUAGUUUGUAUUUCAGAUUAUUAAGGCACAAGUGUCUCCAUUUAUCCCUCUUGUGAUUUAAAACAAGAGGGUUAUGAGCCUUCCUUGUCUGACUACAGAAGGUUCCCUACAGGACUAAACAGAGCCAUUUCCCCACCCUAGCACUCAUGCAAUGCACAGAUGCACACAGAGGCAGUGUGUCAAAAAAGAAGAAUGUGUGAGCUCUUCUCAUGUUCCCAUUUAACUCUUCCUUUCCACUUGGUCAAAUUAUGCUAGAUCUGAAAUGUGAACAAGUGGAGUGGGGAGGCUGGAUCAGAUGUAAGGGCUACACACAAACCUGUAGCAUUUCCUGUAGUGUCCCAACAUGUGGCUUGCAAGCAAACUUGCCAAAGGUCACAAAAUGGAGCUCCAUUGACCCCUGUGUUGAACCCUUAACACACAUUUUCAAUCCACUUUAAAUGAGCUAACAAUGGGGUAUCAACCACUAAUUUUAGAGUGAAAUUAAGUUCAUGAAUGGUGUCUUUGUAAAUUAAUAAAUUUGCAUGCCACCCUACUUUGCUCUAGCUGCCAACCACUCAUUGGCAUACAGAUCAAUGUAACAUGUGAUUUUAUAUAAUCACAGAAACAGCUGCCCGCAAUUCCCAUUGUGGUCACCAGUCAUUU